AUGCACCUUUGUAAGCAGUCGGCCGCGAUUGUAGCAGCGAGCCGCGCGCGAUUUCUGAGCAAGCAAGCGCCGGCCUCAGCUUUCCCUCUGAUGAAAGUUCAGUUGGAAAUCGGCGCUGGACCUGACUAGUCGGCGGUUGGUGGUGGAAAGAGCAGUGGCAGCAAGCAGUGUGCAGGCACGCCGCGAACAGUGAGCCUGGUGAGGGGUCCGAGGGGGUUCGGCUUUGUUCUGCGCGGGGCACGGGCGCAAAGCCCCUUGGUCGGCCUGGACCCGUCCCCGAAAUGCCCCGCGUUGCAGUACCUGGACCAGGUCGAGCUCGGUGGGGUCGCCAGCAACGCCGGUCUGCUCAAGGGCGACUUCCUUCUGGCCAUUAACGGCGACGACGUGUCGAAACUGCCGCACGAGAAAGUGGUGGACAAAAUCCGCGAGGCCGGAGAUAAGGUAACCAUGACCGUCGUCACGGUUUCUUCCGCCGGAAAUGGCGACGAUGUCGGCCAAACCGACACUUCAACCGUCGGCGGCGACGACAACCUUGCUGGUCGACAAUGUGCCACUCUACCCCGACGUCUCAUGGCCAAAGGUGCAGCUGCGCCACCGGUGCCGAAGCGAGAUCCGAAGACGAGUUUGAGCGUCGGGAGAGCGAGAGCCAAGUCCUUCGUCGGCACGCUUCAGGAAAUGCAACUUGGCGAUACCCAAAAUUCCGAGUCAAUGUCAGAAAGUGGAUACGAAAGGUUGGAUUGCUGGAUGAAUUCCACUUCCAUGAAUGGCGACCAACAACAACGAACAGCGACGAUUCGUUCCCGACCAUCUUCGCGACGAUUUGUUCCGACUCAACUGGACGAAAUUUUUGCGAACGGUGGCAACAAAAUACCUGGGGAUUCGCAACAACGUUCGCCAAUCAAAGUUUACGCCAGCGUCGCUGAGAUGAAGCGAAAUAAAGCCAAGAAAGUCAAGUCGCCGACUGAAGACCCGUCACUGCACAAGAGCUUCCACAGCACGCCGGACUUGCAGAAGGACCUGGAGCUGAAGCCGGGAUUCAUCAACGUCAGCAACUCAUCGGGCUACGCAAGCACCAACAGAACCCUCAGCAGUGAACGUCUCCACGUGUAUAGUAGUACUUCGGGUAGUCACCAGCAAGGACUUUCAGAGUACUCCGAAUCCCGUAGCGACGACAACGUGCAGUUGAUGCGGCGCAAGAUUGUCCCUCCGCCGCCUCCGACUCAUCCGCCUCCUCCUCCGCCAGCUAGUGAAAUUGUCAAGGUGGACGUUAGCGGCAGUGGACCUUAUGGCAGCUCAAAAAUAAUUAGGGAGCCUAUUUGCAAAGAUCCUGCGGUUCCAACUACUGCCGCUGACAUUCAGUCGAGUUUUAGACCGGACAGUUCUGCCAAAUUAUAUGCGUCCCCAAGAGAUGCUACGUAUGCAUCACCGGAUAAAUCUGCCAAAGACAAGUCAAAAUCGAUGAAAACCCGAUCUCAGAGUUUGCCCCCCAGAGCAGAUCGACCUCAGGUCGACAGGGGAUCCCCAGGGAACGAAGACGAAGAGGCGGACGACCCAGAACAGGUCAACACCCCACCGUUGCCUCCUCCUCCGACGAUUGAAGACAACGUCCGUCGUCACACUCGUUCGCAGUCAAACGGAGCCGAGCCCGACCUCAACACGUCAUCAGAGUCAAACGAAACCGAUCCUCAUUUCCAGGCGAUCGACGCAAUUUACCAGGCCAAAGAACGUCUUCAUUCCAUCAAACGCGGAACGGUUUCUCAGCGGGUUGCUGAAGUCCAGCAGCAAUUUCAACAGCAGCAGCAGCAAGACGGUAAAGAACCCGCGAAACCCCCCGCGGGUGCGACAGGGCCAGGUCCUGGCCAAGUGUCCGUGGCUCCGCAAUUUAAGAACAUUCUCGCGCAGAAAGUUGCUCAACAACAGCAGCAAAUUCAAACAGCUAAGGGCCCUCCAGGGCUGUACCCUUUCAAACCUAAUGUCCAGCACAGCAGUGGCUCGCAUUCUGCUGGUCAUCACGCUCAACCGGAUUACAAUCCGUUCGAGAAUCAAGUGCACCUGAAUCAGCAACUCGCGUAUGCGCAGCACUUGCAGCACGUUUACGCUGGCGCGCAAACGCUGCCGUCGAAGAAGUCUGCGAGCAGAAUGGCGGCCGCCGCCGCCGCAGCGGCUACGCCGUCAGCAGGCGGGAAAACGUCGCAGCUGCAGCAGCAAAUGUUGCACCAGCAUCACCAGCACCAGUUGCUCGAGCAGCAGCAGACUCGUCAUCCCAGGGGCUCCGCGACGCUCGGGAGGCGGCCCGAUUAUUUCGACUCGCAGAAACAGGCGUUGUAUCAGCACAGGAUGCAGCAGCGCCAGCUGGAUUUGCAGGCUCAUCAACAGCAGCUGAGGGCCAGUGCUGCGGGUCACCACAGUCAAGGCUCCAAGAUGGUUACCAAGGGGAGGCCUUUGUCACCGCUGACUACUUUGGUUGCUGUUCUGACAAACCGUGUACUUCGGCUUUCUAGUAGUCGUGAGCGUCGUCGUCGUCGUCGUAAACGUUCUCGGCUCAACGCUUCUGCGGCGCUCAAACCAAAGGAUCGUCGUAGUUCUUUGGCUUCACCUUUAAACGAUUUGGGAGGACCGUACGUGAGGUCGGUUACGGGCUCUUUAGAGAGCGGCCCUCGUCGUCCAGUAGCGGUUGUUUGUGGCAGAGGACAGCGCCAGCCAUCGCCUCAACAAUUUUACCAACAGCAGCAGCAACAACAACAACAACAACAACAACAACAACAACAACAACAACAACCACCAAGGCAAGUCGCUAGAGCCAUGGGUGGUCGGACGAUAGAAGAAAGCCUGGAGCUGAUCAAACACCACGUGGACUCGCUGGCGGAGAAGCGGCAGCAGCAGGGAGCCAAGCAGCACAACACGUUGCAGUUUUCUCGUCGGCCAACUGCGGCUGAACAGCAGCACUUCCAUCACACUCUCGCUAGAGCCAUGGGUGGUCGGACGAUAGAAGAAAGCCUGGAGCUGAUCAAACACCACGUGGACUCGCUGGCGGAAGUGAAUGUGCUCGCAGGCCUCGUGCCUCCGCCGCCGGGUUUCGAUCCCUUGACGGGCCAGCGUCGGAGUCGUCACCCGAGCCCCGGUGGCGGGAGCGUGAGCGUGGGUGUCGGCGGGUUGCAGCCCCGACAGCAGCAAGUGCUUCGACCGGGACCCAGCUCGACACCCACGGGACAGCCCAUUGCCCCACCGCCCGAGUUCUGCGACACUGAGAGCGAAAGCGAGGCCAGCAUCGAGACGGUGAUUUCGAAUCCCAUCACUCACCGGACGACCAUUCGGGUGGGCUACGGGAACGGCGGCGGCGGUGGAGCCGGAAGUGGUGCGAGUGGGGCCAAGCACAAGGAGUUGACGUCGAAAGACGUCAUGCUUGGGCACCACCAGCAUCGCGGGUAUUACGACGAUGGCGCUGCCAGUCGGCAUCCGCAGAUUUUGUCGCAGUCCUUGUUCAUGCCCGAAUACAAGCGCACCUUCGUCGAAUGCAACGUGGACGGGCCCAAGCUCAUGAACCUCAACAACGACACUCUGCUGGCACUGGGUGUCAAAAGAGUCGGACACCGGCUCAACAUUGAAAAGUCCUUGAAGAGAUUCAUGACUUACCGGAUGGCCGUUUGA